GAGGAGCCGGAGCCGAAGACCACCAUCUUCGUUGGCAACCUUUUCUACGACGUCACGAGCGAUGACCUCAGACGAUUCUUCAUGAAGUUCGGAGAUGUACAGAGAGUGAACCUCAUCCACGACCAGCGGGGAAUCAGCAAGGGAUUCGGUUACGUGGAUUUCGAAUCGAUCGAGUCGGCUCAGCGUGCCAUCGAAGAGAUGCACCUGCAGAUCUUCGAGGGCCGUCGUAUCAGCGUCAUGUUCGCGCAGAACGGCAUGAAGAAGCACAAGGUGUCGCCCCCUUCGAAGUCGCUCUACAUCGGCAACCUGCCCUUUGAGAUGACCGACCGUGAUCUCAACGAUCUGUUCAACGACGUGGUCAACGUCAUCGAUGUGCGCGUGGCGAUUGACCGCCGCACCGGACAGCCCCGUGGCUUCGCCCAUGCCGACUUCGUUGACCUCGAGAGCGCGUCCAAUGCCAUGGAGAUUCUCAGCAAAAAGAUGCCCUAUGGGAAGAAGCUGCGCCUGGACUACAGCUCCAAGCACAAGGGCAUCAACAACCCUAACUCGCGGCAGGUGGAGGAGGAGCAGCCGCAGCAGCAGCAGGAGUAG